AAGAUGGCCGCCUAGGCAUACCGAGAAUCCUUGAAGUUGUAGCUAGUGACUGGUUUCAUUUGGGUUCUGAAGACUUGCAAAAUGUCAUUUCACGCGUUCAACAAAUCAGGAGGAGUUCUCUCCAACGAAGAAGUUGUUGCAGUAUGCAGAGCUUUGAAGUCAGACCAUUUAAAGCUGCUUUGCUUACGAGAGUGUGAGAUCGAUGAAAGGGACUUGCACCGUAUUAUAAAGUUGACUGGACCAUGCACUUCAUUGCAACAACUCACACUUAACGUUGGGAUUGUGACUAACUAUCAUCAUGUCGAACUACUAGCACAGAGCAUAAGAAAAAAUAAGUCAUUAACAGGUUUACACAUUCAUGGCAGUGAGCUGGGAGAUGUUGGCAUGCAAAUCCUUGGUAGGGCUAUCAGCAUCCAUCCAGGAAUUGUUUCUCUUGAUAUCGGGGAUUGCAAGCUUGGGGACGUGUCAAUUGAUGUUCUCUAUUCAUUGCUAUUGCCAAUGAAUAAUCGGCCAGGCAUCACUGAGCUGACUUUGAGUGACAACCAUCGCAUCAGUGCCUUAGGAUGGGCUCAGUUUGGCAUGUGCUUGUCCAACUGCAACUCUCUUCGCUGGCUUUUCUUGGAUUACAAUGCCUUGGGAGACUAUGGCGCCAGCUGCAUUCUUGUAGGUAUGGCUGCCAGUCAGUCAGUUCAGAUUCUGGAUCUGGAAGGAUGUGGUAUCACUGAGCAUACUGGUCAGGUUAUUCUUCAUCUUGUACAGAAUCAUUUGGGGGGACUAAGUCGAAUCAAACUCAGCAAAAACCGGAUACGCAAGUCCACUGUGGAGGCCAUUCGAAAGCAUAUCGAGGAGAACAACCUAGAUGACUCAGAUGUUGCCUCCACUGUCACUGUUGAUGACCUGUUUUCAAUCAACAGCUCACGGUUUCCAGGAUCACGAUCAAGGUCAAGAUCAUCCUCCUCAUUUUCUUCUUCUUCUUCAUCUUCCUCCUCUUCUUCUUCCUCGUCUUCCAGCAGCAGUUCUGACAGCAGUAGCUCAAGCAGUUCCAGUAGCAGCAGCAGCAGCAGCAGCAGCAGCAGUAGCAGUGACAGUGACAGUACCAAGAAGGGAUCGGACGACGAUAAGAAGAAAAAGAAGAAAAAGAAGAAGAGCAAAGCAGAAGGAUCAGAUGAGGACAAGAAAGACAAGAAGGAUAAAAAGAAAGAUAAAAAAGACAAAAAGAAAGAUGAUGGUGAUAAAGAAGAUGAAGGGGACGAUGGAAAGGCUAAAAAGAGCAAAAAAGAUAAAAAGAAAAAAGAUAAAAAGAAGGACAAAGAUGACAAGAAAGAGAAAAAAGAUGAUGAGGAGAAGGGGGCAAAGAAGAAAGGAAAAAGUGAAGAUGAAGAUGGCAAGAAGGAAAAGAAAAAGAAAAAAGACAAGGAAAAGGAUGAAGAUGGUGAUGACAAGAAGCAUAAAGAUAAGGAUAAGAAGAAAGACAAAAAGGAC